AUGCAGCAGCAAUACAUGGGGCCACCACUGUACAGCGAUUAUGGAUCCCAGCUUGCACCCCAGCAGGCGGCCGCUGCGGCGCAGCAUCCAAUGCUGGCACCAAGGCCUGUUGACCCGGCCACUCUGGGAUAUCGCUCCAUGCCAGCGCAACCAAUCCCGACGGCUCAAAUGCAACAGAAUAAUAACAACCAAUUCCAUUAUCCUGCUCCGCCUUCCAUUACACAGCAGCCGCAGGCGGAUGUAUGGCCUACUCAGCAUACAGGGCAACCACAGAAUACGCCCGCCUGGCCACCGGUGCCCAUGAGCGAUUACUCACAAACACAACCGCCAAUUUACCCGAGUCAGACUACCUUGGAACACUCGCAAAGGAGCAGUCAUAGUCCAUCAAUCACCAAUCCUAUAGGUCAAACUCCCGAAGAACAUGCCCCCAAUGUCUCCCCACUGCCGAACCUAAACGUCGGAUUUGGAGCCUCUAGUCGGGACAAUGACUUCAUCCCCCAAGUAUGCAACUGCCAUGGCUCCAUUGUGCUUCCGGACCAAGAGACUAAACUCAGUUCGCAGGUGACUCAACCCUUACCGACGAUAUAUCAUUAUCAAACACAGCCUGGACAGCUACCCCAGCCGCCUAGACCUCAUGAACAGUUUAUCCCCCAUCAGCCAUCUCAGGUGGUAUACAUGGAGGAUGAAAGCGAAGACUAUUAUGAUGUAGACUCGGACGACGAAGCAGGGGAUCAGUCUCAAGUCGAGGGAUUCAACCAGCUGAGCCUCAUCAUGGCUUCCGCCAACUACGAUGAACGAAAACUCCGUUCCUUUACGACGUACCUAAACGAACCGAAUGUCCUUGCCUCGUACCGUCCAACACUGGGCUCCUCUCCCCUAAACAACCCAAAGACAGCCCGCAUUUUCGCCCAUUUUAUCCACUCAACUGGUCCUUCUUUGUCAAUCUUCGAACGGCAUCCUACUGAUUCAUCAAUUGUUCUGGGGGCUACGGUACCCUCUGCGCAGCAAGGAUUGUGGAUUUACACCCUCGCUCUCAAGGCGCUGGAACAUCCUGCCUUACUCCAGGCAAUCCUUGCUGUCAGCAGUUUACACAUUGCAUAUCUACAACAUGUCCCUUCGACCGUGUCUCUAAAACACUACCACUAUGCACUGAAACGGGUCGGUUCCGCAGUCGGACUGCCUCUUCGGCGUAAGCAGGUCGGUACACUCGCUGCCACUCUGUUGCUGGGGUACUAUGAGGUGGUAUCCGCCGAUCAUUCCAAGUGGAACAAUCAUGUAGCUGGAUCUGCUCAUCUGAUCCGUGAAAUUGAUUUUGCUGGUAUCACUCGGGAUCUGCGAGCUCAUCGGCGGAGGAUCAACAGUCAGCGACAGGCAGAAUGGUCAGACUCGUGGUGGGGGAUGCCCGGUGAUGUUUCUGAGGAUGAUCCGUUCUCUGAGAAAGAAACCAACGUGAAUGAGGAUCUCAUCGGCACUCUCAUGGGCCGUGUAGUCAACUAUGACUACUUUGGAGGGAUCGAGGAUGGAAAUAGGCCUCCUUCCAAGAAGCACUUUACUCGAAAGGAUAUUGAGACCUUCCGAAUCCAGUGCGAUCUUUACUGGUGGUACUCGAAGCAAGAUGUGUUCCAGAGCUUCAUUGGGGGAAACAGAUUGCUGACGCCUUACUCUCAAUGGGGCCAGUGCCCACCUCGAGCGGGCAUUGGUCGGUUAGAUGCCAUCUACGGCUCUGCAGACCAUCUGUGGCUCUUGCUUGCUCGAGUGACAGACUUUGCCUUCCGUGACCGUAAACGCAAACUGAAAGCUACGGGAGGUGGGAAAGGCUGGAGACCCGGCCCUGAUAUGUUCAAAUUCAUGGGUCGAUUUGCUGGCGGCCCACCUGGCCAGAGAUCCGGACCACCCGGUGGUCCAGGUCCAGGCCCCGGGAGACCCCCGGGGGGUGCCCCUGCCCCUCAUGCAUCCGGCCCCCCUGGCAAACCCCCAGGAGCUCCCCCGCCAACCUCGCAUCCACCAAACGGACCAGCGUCAGCUGACAGUCCUCCGAUGUAUGGGAUGGUCCCACCGCAACCUCCACCUCGUCUUCCUACCGGGUUCCAAAAUAGACCUCGUGGGUCGACACCCGACGAGGAUGAACAAAUGGAAGAUGUAAGUUUCAAGGAGGCAGAGCAGGAAUGGGAAGAUAUCCUGGUUGCAGCAGAGACAUUUUCACAUGCGCUUGGUCGUGACUUCCAGCCUUUGCCGGUCGACGUGGCCCCUCAAAUCUCCACGCCAUUUGGUCCGGCCCUUCAGUACCGCACUCACACCAUUGCUGUGAUCUGGGGCUACUAUUAUGCUCUGCGGAUUCUGCUCAAUCGGAUUCACCCCUCUCUGCCUCCAGCCAUCAUGAUGGCAGCCGGGGUGGCCGCCCCCACCACGGCGGAAUACGCCCAAACGGUCGGGAAGAUCAUGUCGGGCGUCUACUAUCCACAACGGUACAAUCUCGAGGCCGGGAGCCUCAGCCCGAACCUGGGAUCGGCCCUGACGGAAAUGACAGUGCCGGUCUUUUUCGCGGCCGUCCAAUAUACUGAUUCAACGCAGCGGGGUUGGACCAUUUCCAAACUGCGGGAUAUUUCCCGAUUGACAGGGUUCAAGAGUGCAGAGGCUAUUGCAGGUGGAUGCGAAAAGGCAUGGAUUGGCGCUGCCAGUCAAGGCCGGGGCCCACCCUAUCAACGGUCGUUUGAGACCGAGCGAGAGCGAGAACUUGAAAUUGCACGCCAGAGUGAGGCUGUGCUGGAGGAGGUGGAUGAUCGGCGAUUUGUGACUGUCAAGCCCGAUCGGGCGCAUUGGGCUAUGGGUAUUUUGGAAGACAUUGCCAAUUUGGAGGUUUAG